AUGACUUCCAUCCCUAUUUUUGAGUCUGUCUCCCGUUUCCUUCCCCCGGCCAACGAAGAUGUGCAGUUUUGGUGGAAGGUCACCGGCCGACAUAUGGCUUGCAUGAUGCAUGAGGCAGGCUACCCAGAAUAUCGUCAGGUCGAAUGCCUUCUCUUUCAUCGCUUCAAAGUCAUCCCUUGUCUGGGCCCCCGACCACAUUCCGACACACCCUGGUAUAAGAGCCGUGUGGGCGGCGGUGCGGCAGAUGGCUGCCCAAUCAACUAUAGUUGGCGAUUUGGCACUAUCGAAAGAAAGCCCCAUAUCCGCAACUUCAUCGAACCCCUUGGAGCCCUGACGAAAACCCCAGCCGACCCGCUCAACGAGGUCGCUACUAAAGCCCUCUUACAAGACUACAGCAUGACUCUACCCAAUGUCGAUCUGGAGGCAUUCUGGACCUUCGCCCCCCAUUAUCGGCCGCGUAUUAUCGAAAAGGAAGAUAUGGAAAAGCUUGCUGGGGCUUCAUUGCUUGUUGGAGCAGAGAUGUCUCCUGACUCUCGUACCAUCGAUAUUAAGGCAUACAUGUACCCUCGAGUUCCGUCGCAAACUAGUCAGCUUCUCACCACAAUUCUGCCCCAAGCCAUGCGUGACACUUACGGGGAGGAUGUGUGUCUCGACAGCCUCAAUUUCGUCCAUGACUUUAUGACCAAUGAUCCGCAGGGAAGUCAACUUGCUUUGACUGGCACAACCGGAAUAGAUUGCUGCAAACUCCAGGAAACACGCGUGAAAAUUUAUGUCAUCACCCGUAACACUUCCUUCGACCAUAUUGCCGCCAUCAUGACACUGGGCGGCCGACGUUCAAUCUCGGGAGAGCUCCUUGGCCAGCUAAAGGCACUUUGGUAUGAGCUGAAGGGAGCCCCAGCAGAACUACCCUCAUCUGAGCAGUUACCGGUUCAAACAAAACCAGAUGGUAGCAGGAACCCAAUCGUUGUCCCCUUCUAUUUUGAUAUCCAACCACGGCUUGCACUGCCAGAUGUUAAGGCAUACAUCGAUGUGAGCACCAGCCCUGUGAGCGAUCUAGCGGCCGCUAAGGCAGUGGUUCGUCAUUUGGAGCAACAUGGUAGCGGACAAAAUCCGAAAGCAUACUUGAAUGUGCUGAAAGACAUCACCCCAGUUGAGGAGUUGGAAACGCAGAAAGGUGCCCUCGCAUUUUACUCCGUGGCCGUCAAGAAGAAUGAGCUGGAUAUAACCUCAUACUUUAACCCCCAGGUGUAUAAGCGCUACUUCGCUCAUGAAGUACAGCUUAAUGGACAGCGACGGAGUGUAUUUGAGUAG